AUGGGUGUAUGCGAUGCAGGCAGCGACGUGUCAAGCCUGUUGGACAACCCUCCCCCGGCUAUCCUGCAAAGGGAGCAGCGGGAGCAGCGGGAGCAGCGGGAACGGGAAUGCUCGGUGACGACCAGCUCAGCGAGCCCCGAGGGCUUAAAGUCCAGCUUCUCGGCGGCGAUGGAUCAUAGACGCUCACUGCCUGACUUGCCCGACUUCAACUCCGUCGUCGGCUCUCCUUUCCAGAGUCUGAGCCCUCCGGAUCCAUCGGCGAUACAGACGCCGACAGCAACGGUGACGUUCUGCCCCGACCCCGAGAGGCACAAGACAACGACGCCGCCCCCCGUGGAUGAGGACCCCUUUCCGUACUUCGACAAGUUCAUGCUCCCAAUUGGCGGUGAGCGCGAGGCUGCGUGGAUCCAGGACCUCGAGUUGAUGCACCAUUACAGUGUCGCCACCUCGCUGACCCUCCCGAGAGCACAGGACGAACUGCACGUUUGGCAGGUACAAGUCCCAAAGCUCGCGUACAGAUACCCGUUCCUGGUCCACCAGAUCCUCGCGGUGGCCGCUUUCCACCAGGCCUAUCUUCACCCGGGACAGAGGAGCGACCAUUCUCUGCACGCGUCGCAGCACCAGAACCGGUCCAUCGAGGGGAUGCGCGGCCAUCUCGCGAACAUCACCUCUGAGAACUGCCACGCCUUGUUCAUGGCGUCUUCGCUGCUCCUCGUAGGCGCCUUUGCGUCGUUUGCUAACAUCCGGCCCAACGACUCGCCACUGAUCGAGGGUCAGAGGCCGCCGACGAUCGAGGACAUGGUCGACGUGUUCAUCCUCGACAGGGGCGUGGCCAGCGUGCUGCAGUCCUCGGAGGAGUGCAUACAGGCCGGCUACUUCAAGGACCUGUUCCACUUCCAGACGCACGACAAGCAAAACGCGUUCAUGCCCCGGCUGGCGGAGGAGCUGCGCAGCCUGUCGGCGGCGAUCAAGGGGGAGCCGGACAUCGACAACCUGGUGGUGAUCCUGGUGGACCUCGAGAUCAGGAAGCUCAUCGACGCCAUCGAGAAGGCGGUCAUCACGACCGACGACGCCGAGAUGCGCGUCACCACGUACUGGCCCAUCACCAUCGCCGAGGACUACAUCCAGCUGGUCCGGCAGCGCAACGAGGUCGCGCUGCUGGUCCUCAUGUACUACUGCUGCAUCAUGUACAGGGCCGAGGGCAAGACGUGGUUCGUCAAGGGCUGGGGCAUCAGCGUCGCGACAGACAUUGAGAGGCUCAUCUCCCGGCGGUGGAGGGAGGCCAUCAAGUGGCCGCUCGAGCAGAUGGGCCAGUACCGGUCGUUCGCAUGA